CUCACGUUAAUAAAGGAAUUUCACCAAAAUAAGAGUAGGAACGAGCCUCAGCAAAACCAUAAGAUGUUUUCAGAAGAAAAUAAAGGAUCACUUUAUUUACAAAGUUUCAUAUACAAUAUCAAGCAGCUUCAUCAACUGUGCUAAAAUAAAUGUGAGAAGUUUAGCAAUCAUUUUAAAAAUGUUAUCUGUCAGGACAACCGUUCUUGUCAGUUUACAUAUUACGAGAAUUCAUAAUAAACCUCAUUGAAGUGUUUUAUAAUGUAUAAUUAAAUUAAUACGUUAUUAACAAAUGUGACAUUUAAAAGAAAAAAGUAACACAUUAUAGUGGGUUACCAACAACUGCAUCGCUAGAGUUUUAAGCUGCUUAUAUUUUUAUAUGGAAGUCAGACCUGUAGUGUCUCCAGCAUAUCAAAGGCAAAUCUAUGUUUAUCACAUCAUAUUAACACAUCAAAAAGAAAAAGUAGCUUCUACAGUGGAGCAUACAAUGCGAAGCCGUAUUUAACGUCUUUUAUUUUGGAAGCCAGGGGAAACCGGAAAGGAUUGUUACUCCCACCAGCAACGAUCGACAAACGUGGAGUUACAAUGUGCGCUUGGAACGGAGGGAAUUUCGGGCUAGUUUAAACCGAGUACGAGCACAUUUAUCUUAGCUAAUACGUGUGCAGCCUUUCCAUCGUCUAACAUAGCUAUGGAGCUCGAUACCGAUGUCCUGCCGACCCCGAAAGGAGGGUUCCACUGCAAAUUGUGUGAUGUCAACGUACCAAAUAAAGCCAGCUUGGAGGACCACCUGAAGGGGCGAAAGCAUGGGAAGCUGCGCAGCGUGCGGGAGACCCGGCAGAAGCAGGAGGCCAACAGCAUCUUCAUCAGCGGCUUCCGGCGUGGUACAUCCCAGCAACAGAUCACCGAUUACUUUCAGCACUUCGGACCUGUGUCGGAGGUCAUCAUGGACAAGGACAAGGGAGUGUAUGCCAUCGUGGAGUUCGUUGAGGUGGACAGUCUAUCAGCAGUGCUGUCUCACGCACAGCACACCCUGGAUGGCCAGAAGCUGCGUGUGAAGCCCAGGGAGAAGAAGGAGUUCAAGUACAUACCGAAAAAGAAGCAGGACGGGAGGAAUCCUCGGCUGAGUCUAGAGCAGCUUUCGCAGGAUCUCUGUCAGGCAGCAUCAGUGAAUGAACAGAUGCAGUUGCUGGUAGAGAGGUUCCAGCUGUCUGAGAAUGAGAAGAAGGUCCGCGAGCUGUUUCUGCAGCUGUUACAGGAAGUCUUCUCUGAGUUCUUCCCAGAGUGUCAGAUCCUACCUUUUGGCUCCUCUGUCAACACCUUCGACAUCCACUCAUGUGACUUGGACCUUUUCCUGGAUUUGGAAAACACAAAGAUAUUCCAGGCAAAGGCUAAGAGCUCCUCGGAGCAGACCGCGGAAUGCCCGUUAGAGGACAGCCGCUCCGAGGACUCCAUCCUCUCGGACAUAGACCUGUCCACGGCCUCCCCCGCCGAGGUGUUGGACCUGGUGGCCACGGUCCUUCGGAAGUGUGUGCCGGGGGUGCACAAAGUCCAGGUCUUGAGCAGCGCCAGGCUCCCUGUGGUUAAAUUCAGCCACCGAGAGCUGGGCAUGCAGGGAGACAUCACCAUCAACAACAGGCUGGCGGUGAGGAACACUCGCUUCCUCCAGCUGUCCUCAGGCUUGGACGACAGGCUCCGUCCCCUGGUGUACACCAUCCGGUACUGGGCCAAGCAGAAGCAGCUAGCAGGCAACCCCUUCGGAGGUGGACCAUUGCUGAAUAACUACGCCUUGAGUCUGCUGGUCAUCUUUUUCCUGCAGAAUCGGGAUCCCCUUGUUCUCCUUCCUCUCAAGCGGCUCAGAGACUUGGCUUGUGAAGAGGAGGAGUGUGUGAUCGAGGGCUGGGACUGCACCUUCCCCAGCCAGCCCAUCGCUGUACCCCCUAGCAAAAACACAGAGGAUCUUUGUGUUCUCCUGGCUGGGUUCUUCGCAUUCUACGGGCAGUUUGAUUUUGCGGGAUCGGUUGUCUCUCUUCGGGAGGGUCAAACGUUUCCCGUCUCCGACUUCCUCACCAACAAGAGGGAGGGGGGGAAGCUGGCGGCCGGGCAGCAGGAGGGGGUGGGGGACGCUGCAGCCAAGGCCAGCGCGCCCAAGCUUGGCCCCCUCAAUGUUUUGGACCCCUUCGAGUUGUCCCACAACGUGGCGGGCAACGUGAAUGAGCGGACGCAGAAGAUUUUUCAGCAAGAGUGUGAAGACGCAGCGAAGUACUGCCGUAGCCUACAGUACCAGCGCAAGUCGGCUAAGGGGAAGGGGUGGGGGUUGGUUCGUCUGUUCGUUCCCCACGGUGGCACCUCCCCAGGAUUGGCUGGAGAACCUGAGAGAGAGCUGGUCAUCAGCGUUCCUUUCAAGGCUGGCGUGCUCGCUGAAGCAGUCCGGAGCGAGCUCCACCUGGCCGGGGACCGCUUCCGGCUCUUCUGGUUCAGGAAGGUGUGCCGUGCUGUUCUGGCUGUGUUUCAGGACGUGCUGAAAUGCAGUGUGACCCACAUAAAGGGUUUGGAAGAGCUGUGUGUGGAGCAGGAAUGGGCGAGUCGGGGGGAUCUGGUGGACGGUCCUGCCGGCGAUCAGAGUGCUGCUGUUGAAGAAGUCCAGCCUGAUACCCCUGCAGCCAGUGAAACUGACACUGCUGCUGCAGACAGAAAUGGAGGACUGGAACCCGGCCGCAAUAAUGGCACUUGUGGUCCUUCCACAAGUGUAGAUCGUGUUGCUCUUGGGCAGAUUCAGAGGGGCAUGAAGAGGACAUUGACGGAAGACGACGGUGCAUCGUCUUCUCAUUCUGACAAAAAGCCAAAGCUGGGCAGCCCAGAGAAGUUGGGAGCAGUCCGUUGGUACUGCCAGGCUCGGCACAAGGUGUGGGCAGGACGCCGAAAGGUGAGGAGGGACCUGCUGAAGGGCACACCGGAGACCUCCAAACCAGAGGGUGGCAGCGUGGAACUGGAGACCAGAGUGACAGAGCAAAUUGCGCGGGAGCAGGCAGAAUCGAGUGAGCUGCUCCAGUUUGGUGUGGAAGCCAACGUGCUGGGAGGCACAGAAAGCACCCGGGCACAGUUAUGGUUCAGCCCCACCGACGCACACGCCAGUCUUUUUCAGGACUUCUUCCACUUUUUGGAGUCCUUUCUACCAAGGAUGACAGAGAAGAUUCUGGAAACAUUGAAAUGAAAUGGAGGAUAAUUACAGUAUUGAGAGUAUAGUACACUCACAAUGUAUAAUGCUAAAAAUAUUAGUAUGCUUCUUUAGGCAGUCUUUAAAGAUUUUUAUGAUUUUGUGUGUUUUCGGAGCCAGAGGGUAAAUACCCCAAAAGAAAUGUAAAACACUUAUACAGUAGACACUGAUGAAUAAAAUGGCUCUUUUUGAUUUCA